CUAUUUAUUUUGAAUGGGUGUAUACAGCAAGCUACUCCUCUACACUGUCUCCCUUAGUCUUAUACUAGUAUUAGUAUAUACUGUUUACUUUAUAAAAUAUAAUGAUGUCCUUCAACAAUUGACUGGUCCAGCAACAACAGUGAAGGUAAGCCUUGGACUACAGACACAAGACCAACUGACAAUAAACCAAGACACCCAGCAGCAACCAUUACUAACCACUAAUGGAUACAUUUCAUACCAACCACCAGGUAAUGGAUGGAAUAAUCAGAGGAUAGUAAUAGAAAUGGCUUUAUUAUUUGCCAAGAUCCUCAACCGGACACUAAUAGUGCAUCCAAUUUCCUCUCACUCUUUAGGUGAGAAGAUGGAGAGAGAACUACCACCAAACAAUCGCUUUGGAUACAUCACAUACAACAAGAUGGCAGCCUCAACUCUAAUGCCACUCUCAAAUGUCCUCGACUUGAAAUUAAUGUCUAAACUAGUUCCAGUUACAGAAAUAAACAGCUCUCAUUCACAAUUCAUUCAGAAUUAUUUUUCACAAGAUACCAAGUGGAGACAUAUCUGUCACAGCUUAGGCUAUGGGUAUUGGUUGGAUCGUCGGCCAUUAAACCAAGCAGAGGUAGGACUACUGACAAAACAGAUCUAUACUUCAAGGAAGGACUGGAGGGACAAAUGCAAAGAAGAGCAGGCGGAGUUUGUAUUACAGCAUGAAAAACCUAUCAUAAGAUAUGUAUCUGAUUUAGCUAAUGAUAGCUCUGAUGUUAUAUACUUCAUUGAAGGAUGUCUUUUUGGAAUUGAACUACGGUUUAUGGAGUAUCGGAAAGCACUACAAGCAAGAGAAUGGAUAAAGGAAUACGUUCAUUAUAAAUCCACUUAUCACCAAUUAGCUGAUGCAGUGAGAACAAAGCUUGGUAGUUAUAAUGCGUUACAUGUGCGUAGAAUAAAGCAUAUAUCAGGAAGUCUCACAGCAGGCCACUGGAUACUAGAAAUGCUAAAUAAUGACUUCACCAGAGACACGCCCAUAUAUGUCGCUACAGAUGAGACAAAUUUAAAAUGGUUUGAGCCACUCACUGAGGCCGGCUUUAAAUUAUACUUUGCAUCAAAUUUUACAGAUUUUAUUGACUUGUCUCACGUACAUAAACGAAUGAGGAAAGAUGUGAUGGGAAUGUAUGAACAGAUAGUGUGCAUAAGAGCAGAGCUGUUCCUCCCAUCUCCUCACUCCACCUUCUCAAAUUACAUCAUGAGAGAGAGAGGUGAGACUGAUAGUAAGAAUGGAUUCAAUUACAUAUUGCACCACGCCUCAUGGGCUGGUGAUAACAUUUGAUAUCAUCAACUAAUGCAUUAUCUAUAUACAAUUGAUUUGAGUAAAUUUUAAAAUUUUGUAAAAAAUUUUAUUUUGAUUGAUCAGUUCAA